CCGAAUCAUUUUAGAUUUUGUCUGUUUUGGCGACAUCUAGAGCCCGUGUAAAUGUUACACACAAGGUGAUUUGAAGCGCCGUGGUGGUGGCUGUGUCUGUGUUCAGUUGAAGAAACGUGAUGCAAGGGCGAUGAUGGUCGGAGAUUGAAUUGACAGACAAGCCGCGGUUUGUUUGCGGUGCCACCACCGCACCGCAUUCUUGCUUGACCAGCGCAAACUCGCUCACUGUCUCUCUGCACCUCGCCUCGUGGUGAGCACAUUUUUUCAGGCUAGUCGUGUACCUACCUAGGUCGGUACCUUCUUCCAUGCCCGUAAGGCCCGGUGGGUAGGGUACCUACCUACCUACCUACGUUGCUUGGAUAAACGCUGUCUGAACUCAGGCCUUCCCCGGCUUGUGCCUCUAAUUAAUUCAAUUAAACCAUCCCUCCAUACCAGGUACCUACCUUACCUACCAUCCCAAAAAAAAAAAUAAAAAAAUCGGGUUUUGCAUUCCCAACUCUAGUCGCCUAGGAAUUCAUUUCUCCCCCCGGCCCAGUCGCCAUCCAUCACGGAUAUACAACUUUCUUUUCGCCUUCCCUCUAGAACUAGACCAAGGCUGGGGUCUGUUACGAAUUACGAUUGAAGAUUUUUAAGCUACAACGUGAACAGAAACGAAGCUAUCUUGGCUACCAAAAGAAGCAAGUCAAACAAACCCCUUCCUUGGACCCCGGACUAAGAAUCGCGACGGAGGCUGUUUCGCUCCAACCACCGCAAACUUGCUCAACCCACCACCCCGGUCACCCCCCACAGCUAGUUGCGACCCGGCCUGAAAGUCACCAUACAAUAACCUCCGAUUCAUCCCACACCUGGAGAUUCCCGUGGCUACGUUUCUGUUCAUUCCGACAAACCUACACCCGUUCCUUUCAAUCCCUCCCAUCUACAAUCCUCAGCCCCCCGUGCUAGUCGCGACGGCCAACAAUUCAAUUCACAAAUCUCGCUCUUCACUCCGACACAUCAGUCAAACUCAUAUCAUAAUCAACCAAGAUGAUCUUCCCGAGGCACGGAGGUGAAGACCACGGCUCUACCGGUGCCGGCGCAAUCACGGGCGCCGCCACCAUGGACGGCAUGCCCGGCAUGAACAUGUCAGGCGACACUAGCGGGCACUCCCAUGACGACUCCAGCAGCGGCGGCAUGAUGAUGAUGAUGAUGUCCGUCUUCCAGACCGACCCCAAGACCCCCCUCUACUCGACGGCAUGGACCCCGAAAAACGCCGCAGGAUAUGCCGGCACUAUCAUCUUCCUUAUCCUUCUGGCAAUGACCUUCCGCGGACUGCUUGCCUUCAAGGCCAAGAUGGAGGCGCGCUGGCUUGACGCCGAGCUCAACCGCCGCUACGUCGUCGUCAACGGAAAGCAACCAAUGGCCGAGCGCGCCAGCCAGGACUCACUUGCCAAGCACAUGGUACUCUCGGAGAAUGGGCGAGAGGAACAGGUCAUGGUCGUUGCCAAGAAGACAUCCAUCGCCAGGCCGUGGAGGUUCUCAGUCGACCCAAUCCGUGCAGUCCUAGACACAGUCAUCGCUGGCGUUGGCUACCUCCUCAUGUUGGCUGUCAUGACAAUGAACGUCGGCUACUUCCUGGCAGUCCUUGCUGGCGUGUUCCUUGGCUCGCUGGCCGUCGGCCGCUUCGCCACCAGCUCAGAGCAUUGAGCGGCCAGUGUCUUGCUGGUUCAGGACACGAGAAGCAAAGAUACAAAAGCCAACAGAGGUCAUGGGUGACUAUCGAAGAUUUGAUGUGUAAAUUCAGCGGGCGUUUCGGGUCGGAUACGGGUGGAUAUAGUCUCUCUGAUACCUAAGAUUGCGAUCUUUUUUCUUCCUCUUGCUAUUUCCUUGUCCAACCCAAGGGGUCUUCCGCCACUCGUUUCUACAGUCUUCGAAAACUCCGUCCACUCUUUACAGGAUAUCAACAUCUGGCUGGCCCCCAGCCGCAGCGAGUGCUGUCUGUCUGCCAACGCGUGUUGACAUGUAGGCGCUUCGAUUCCCUGGUAUUCUUAACCUGCUUCACACUUUGCGUGCGGCUACUCGCAAGCACCCAGAUAAGUUCAGUACCUUCAAAGGUGGUAAAUAUUGCUACCUUUGGAGGAAAUAGGCUUCCUAGGACAGUGCUGGCGGAAACCUUCUCAAACGUGCUCACAAAAUUGCCUAAUCGGGCGCUAGAUCCGCCGGUUGUAGUCUAGACCGCCCCACACCCUUAUUGCUCAAACAUAUCGGCCCCACCCAAUCGACCCAGGCGAGCCAGGCUGCCCGGGGCAGACAAGUCAGGGACUUGAAGUCAUGCCUACAAGUCCGUCCACUAAAAACCAUAGCUAGCAGUCACUUAUGGCAAGUGCGUACUGUACUGUACAUCACCAAAAUGUCGACUGGCGUGAAACCAGCGACUUUUUUUGAUUUGAUCAAUUGAUAAAAUUGUAUUCCCGGUCAUUUUUACGCUUUGUUGUCUUGCAAUAACAUAUAUUGGCG